AUGUCGUCCGACCAGCAAACGACCAAGGACCACUGGUCCACCGAGGCUUAUGCCACCUCUGCAUCGUUCGUGCCUAAACUAGCCCAGAAGCUUGUUACAUACCUAGAUCCCAAACCGACAGACAAAGUCCUCGAUGUCGGCUGCGGUGAUGGCAAGUUCACGGAGAACUUUCUGCCUGCCGUGGGCUCGGUGCUGGGUAUUGACUCGUCGCCCGCCAUGAUCGAGUCCGCCAACAAAGACUACGCUAGCUCCAAAGCAAGCUUUCGCGUAGUCGAUUGUCGAUAUCUGGAAAAGGACACAUCCAUUGUAGAUGGAUCCUGGGAUAAAGUCAUCUCCAAUGCUGCGCUUCAUUGGAUCCUCCGUGAUGACUCCACGCGUAUGUCCACUCUCUGCGCCAUUCACGGUAGCCUGAAACCGGGUGGGGUGUAUGUCUUUGAAAUGGGUGGUCAUGGGAAUAUCGCCGAGAUCAAGACCGCUUUCAUCUACGCCUUGGUCCAGCAAGGAAUCCCCAUUGAAACGGCACGAGAAACAAGUCCCUGGUUUUUCCCCUCGGAAACCUGGAUGAAGGGCGCGUUAGAGCAAGUGGGAUUCCAAGUUGAACACCUCGAGCUGGAGUACCGCCCGACCAAGCUGACGACUUCUACAAAUGGGGGCUUGGAAGGCUGGGUGCGGCUGAUGGGCGCGCAAUUCCUGGAGACUCUGGCUGAGGACAAGCGCGAUGUCGUGGUUCGGCAGGUUUGCGAUGUGCUCCAAACAGUGGUUACCCACGAUGAAGACGGUAGCCAGUGGCUGGGCUAUGUGCGACUGAGAGGAAUUGCGAAGAAGAUCUGA